UUUUUGAGUUUGAAAGUGUGACAUACAUUAGGGUUUGGGGGUUGUCUGAGAUUUGUGACGGGGUCGAGAGAGGCGGUGAAAAUUAUCCAAAAAAUCACCUGACAUACAUGGAUGUAUUUUUAUGCACACAACUUUUUAUUGUUCACAUAUGCACACAACUCUUGACUGUUGACAUACGCACACAACUUUUUAUUGUUGAUAUAAGCACACAACUUUUUACUGUUGACAUAUGCACACAACUCUUGACUGUUGACAUAUGCACACAACUUUUUACUGUUGCCAUACGCACACAACUUUUUUUUGUUGACAUACGCACACAACUCUUUACUGUUGACAAAUGCACCCAGCUCACAAAAGGUCUAG